GGCCGGGGCUUCGGCGACUGCCGGGCCCGUUUCAACAUCAGCGCCUGCCGCCUCACCACCAACCGCAGCCGCCUGCGGGAGGCCCAGGCCGUGGUCUUCCACCACCGGGACCUCGUCCUGGAAGGUCUCGGGGACUUGCCUGAGGCGAGGUCCCCUGCCCAGCGCUGGGUGUGGAUGAACUUCGAGUCGCCUUCGCACUCCCAGGGCCUGGGGGACCUGAGCGGCCUCUUCAACUGGACCAUGUCCUACAAGGUGGACUCGGACGUUUUUGUGCCCUACGGGUACCUGCGGCCCAAGCGGGCCCCUGUUUCCCAACUGGCCUUGCCCAAGAAGACCAAGCUGGUGGCCUGGGUCAUCAGCAACUGGCACGAAGACCACGCACGGGUGCAAUACUACCGCCAGCUGAAGGACUACGUCCCCAUUGAUGUCUAUGGGGCCGGCAGGCUGGAGCUGAAGAACAACAGUGUGGUCAAGACGGUCUCCCAGUACAAAUUUUACUUGGCUUUUGAAAAUUCCCAGCAUCAGGACUACAUCACAGAGAAGCUCUGGAAGAAUGCCUUGAUGUCCUGGGCGGUGCCCAUCGUUUUGGGCCCUUCCAGAUCCAAUUACGAGCUUUUUAUUCCCUCCGAUGCCUUCAUUCAUAUCGAUGACUUCUCAGGCCCCAAGCAAUUGGCUCUUUACCUGAAAUUCUUAGAUAGGAACAAGAGCAGGUACAGGAGGUAUUUUGCCUGGAGGAAGCAUUACGACGUCCACGCCACCUCCUUCUGGAGCGAGCAUUGCUGCAGGGUCUGCGACGCGGUUAGGACUGCAGGACAGCAACACAAGACCAUCCAGAACCUGGCCAACUGGUUUGAGCAUUGACCAGAUGACGAUGGCUAGGCUUCUGUGCAGGAUAUUUCUCUUUGAGAACAUUUUGAGAUCGAUAAAGAGCUGAGAGGGUUGGUUUCUCACAGCUGGAAAGGGAGGGGAAAAUUCUUAAAAUUCAGAGGUGGGCCAUGCUUUUCUUUUCAGUGUGAUCACUGAGAAUGCCAUAAAAGCCUGCAGUCUUUCGAGCCCUCCAGCACUCUUCAUGAAGCUAGAUGGUACGAAGAAAAUAAUGUACCGUGCUGGGUUUUGGAGGGGGCAGGGCUUUUUAAAAACCUAAGCCCCCUCCUUUUUUUGCUUAAAGGCAAAUUCACAAAACUAGAUUGCUUGCCUCAUUCUCCAUGUAGUUGGGUCUAUGUUGAUGGCUGACUUCCAAAUAUAGGUGAUAGAGUCCUUGUGAGCCACUGCAGAUCUGCAAGAAGCAUUUGAAUGCUUCCUUGUAUUAUCCACACAUCUAGAGAGACUGUGUCUAAGAGAAAGGUUUAGUCUUGAACUCACCAAUACACUGUUUUUAUAUGCAGGGAGUUUUUAACAUGGGUGGAUGUUAAAAUAUGGAUGUAUUUUUCAUUCAUAGCUUACAAAUGCUUGAAGUGUGAAAUGUGUGGCACCCCACAUUGACUCUGCCAAAUCAUUGAACUGAACCUGUAAUCCAACCAUAAUUUUGCAGAGAAUGGUUGAGGUAGUGCCCUCUAGUAACUUCCACAUAUUGUUUAUUAUUGUGACAUGACGUCUAAUCUCGAGAACGGCCAGACUGUGACUUACUCUCGGCUAUACGCACCUUUUGUGGCCUUUGAUUAUCAUGGUGAUGCAUGGAAACUGUUGGCUUCAUGAGACCGUAAUGACAAAACAAGCCGAAAAUACUGACAAACUCUCAUAGUCAUAGAAUUGCAGAGCUGGAAAGGACCCUAUGGAUCAUUGAGGCUUGACCACAUUAUUUACCAUAGGAAAUAGAAUUGCUUGAAAGUCGGGCCCAAAGCUUCAAUUUUUCUACAUUAGAAAAUAAUAACUGCAGACUUGCAAUAUUAAAAUAUGUAGCACUCAUAGGAAGAGCUCAACAGGGUCUCAAAAACAGGAGUCUUCCCUAGCUAUAUCUCAGUAUCCUAGGUAAAGCUGAGAAGUACAUCCUUAACUAGUAAGCUAUGAUCUGCCCUGACGUGGCAUUCAGAGGAAGCAUUCUGAGUACAACCUAACAAUAGGUGACCACUGAGCCCUGAUAGACUCAAUGCAGCUUCAAAGUUCUGCUGGAUAACAGCCACCUUGCCUUUUAUAACUUGAAUCCAUAAAUGCUGCACAGUUUAAAUGCACUAUGCAAAGGAAUUUCAGAUGUAGUAUGUAAAUAGUGAUAGUUAUUUGAUGGAUUGUUGUACCUAAAUGUCUACAGCAAAUUUUUCAUUAUGGGUUUUAGGAAUUCAAGACCCUAAAGAUUUCUUGAUGGGAUGGAGUUUAGCAAUAGUCGAAAAGUUUGCUUAAGAAGCCCCUUAUCCAUCACUGCCGAACUUUUCUUACAAUGUACAGCUAUAGCAAUGUGUCUGUAUGUGUUUCAGGCAUACCGUUAAGAAGAAGCCAAACAUAAUAAUGAAAGAGAAAUGGUUUCUUCUAGAUUUUAGAUCUUUGUGCAAGAUUUCUAUGCCAGUGAAUCAGUCUCCAGUUGAGCCAUAAGAAAUUUUGCUUAAAAUACGUAUUACAUACCACAUCCAUGUUUAUAUGUUCAUCCUUUUCUCACUUCCCCACUCCUGUUUUCUCUCUUUUUAACCUCCCUGUUCUAAAAAUGCUUCCAAAUUAGUCAUUGGGUUUGGAGGAGAAGGUAUUGCCGUCCUAUCAACCAUCCCAAAAGCUCAGUUUGUGGGAGGAGAAAUCACAGUUGUGUUGAGUGCGGUAAAAAUGCUUUCACAGUAGAUAUUCUGUCUGUCUUCAUCCAUGGUUCAUGCAGACUAAUGUAAGGGUCCAUCAGAACUUUAGAGUUCCCUACCUGUAUCAAGAGGGAGUAGACUGUGGCUGUAGAGCACAUACCUGGGAUAGGAAACGUCCCAGGAUGGAUCCAAAGUAUUUCCAUUUUGCACCUUUUCCUGAGACCCUGGAGAUUUGCUGCUGGUCAGCACCAACAGUAAUGAAUUAGAGCGAUUAACUCAAUAAGGCUGCUUACAUUACAAUAUGUUUUCCUGUGCAUAAAUUGAUAUUGAGCUGCUGUGUUCAUCAGACAUGCACAAAGAUGCAUGCACAGAAAAUCUGUGUCCUUGUUCUUUUUUGAAUGCUUCACAUUUAAUUCUUGCCAGUUUAUGGUUCAAACUAAAUCUCAACUACAUGCAGUCGUGGGAAUACUA